UCUCCCCUUCGUUUCACCAGCGUGCAGUUUAGUUCUCAUUAGCCUUUCUCUCUCUAAAAUCACUUCGCUCUCUCUAUAUAUAGAUAUAUAUAUACAGAACAUAAUCAUCGAGCUUUUCUUUCAUUCCCAAGACUAAAAAAUCGAAUCUUUACUACAUAUAUGUAUGAAAUGUAUAGAUACAGAGAAAAAACUCCAUCUUUCUCAUCGACUCUUCUGGAAAAAAUCUACCGUUCGAUCGACGAAGGUAAUAAUACAACGAUGGCCGAAACAACGAAAUCAGAUAAUCAGCAUUUGAAGUUUUACAGAGAAACAACAAUGGCGGCGAGAAAACAGAGCAAAGUGAAAAUUUACAGAGCCGGUGAAAACGAAGAAGAUGAAAUGGAUAGGUUGAGGAGAGCUUGUUUAAUCGAUAAAUGGAUUGGGAAAAAAGUUGGAAAUAAUCGAAGAAGAGAUUACAACGAGUGUUCUGAAUUUGAAGAUGGGAUUUUUUUCAGUUCAACUUCGAGUUCUUCCGAUUCAAGCUCCGGUGGUUUUUCUUCCUCUGAUUCUGAUUCAAUUUACUUUAAUGCCCCUGCCAGGUCAGCAUCGAACUCUUUCCCGGGCCCAGCACUACCAAAACCGGUUCGAAUUACAGAGAAGAAUAAAACGACGACGUUUUACGAAACUUCUAAACUCGAAAACGACGACGUUUUGAUUAAGUCAAAGUCAAGAGCUUUAAGGAUUUACAGUAAUCUGAAAAAAGUGAAGCAACCCAUUUCGCCGGGAGGAAAGUUAGCCACUUUCAUCAACUCUCUCUUCACUUCCGGCAACGGAAAGAAGAGUUCAUCAAAAUCCGUACAACAAACCCAUGAAACGACGCCGUGUUCUUCGGCUUCAUCGUUUUCAAGGUCGUGUCUGAGCAAGAAUUCUUCGGCGAGUAGAAGAGAGAAGAGAUCGGUCCGGUUCUGCCCUGACGAAGAUAUCCGUAAAAAAAAAGACGAAAAUUUCCCGGCGGUUCGAGUACCGACGGCGUGGAAGAUCGGACCUUCGCCGGCGCCGGUGGAGAAAAGUCGACGAGUUGUUAGUGACGUGGCAAAAGAGUUUCUUAAAGAGUACAGACAAAAUCAACAAAAGGGUUUUAAAAACGACAAUGUUAAGAGAGGAAACGAUGUCGUUUUGGUUAGUUCCGGUGAAGAAAAUGACGGCGGCGCCGCCUUUGACGACGGAGCAAGUUGUUCAAGUUCGGAUCUUUUUGAGCUUGAUCAUUUGGAAGAGCUUCCUGUGUAUGAAACUACUCGUGUUAAUAAUAAAAAUCGAGUCAUUUCUUUUGGCCGAUAAUUAAUUAAGUAAUUAAAUUAUAAUUAUUAUUAAAAUUAAUUAUGUUGAUUUUUAAAUUAAUAAUGUUAUUUAUGGUAUAGAGUAUAUAUAGAGAAUAUAGACAGAUUGUUGUUGUUCUAUAAAUAAAUUUUAGUUUUGGUUUCA